CAGAAUUGACACUUUGAGUCCAGUAUGACUCUUCGAGAUUUUACAAUUUUUUUUUAUUACUUAGCCUGCCUCAGUCCAUUCCUUUGAACUUGUCUGCACUUGUCCACCUACAAUGAAUGUGAAGUUGUAUCUGUAAAAAUGUUGUUAGGAAAUCUACCCUCUAAAAAACAACAUAAAUAAGCAAAGACAGGACAAGAAAGCUUGAUAUAGAGAGUCCCACCUCGAGAAAAUGUCACAAUGGCACCAAAUUGUUAUUAACCUCUCAACUUGCAGAACGCAACUGUGUUGGGGAAUAUUAGUUCUUGUUCACUCUUUCACCUCUUGUGACCUUUCUCAGCAAAGAAACACUCCCCCUUUUCAGUAUUUGUGUGUGAAAAUCAGAGAGUGGAGUCACAUGAAAGUCUUUGAUGGGUUUGUUGUUUGAUGUUGCCUUAUAAACCAGUGCAGCUCCAACCCAUCUCCAAAUCAUCUCCAUCGCCCAUCGGCAGAAGCUUGAGAAAUUUUGAUGAAGCUAAGCACGUAAAACAUCCCCAAAAACAAAAUGAAGAAUAAUAAAGGAAUGGGUUUCUCCUGGAUGUUGAUGUGGGCUGCUCUCCUGCUCCAAGGUUCAGCUGUUGAUUCACAAAACACUACGGAAAGCAGACAGAUCGAAGUGCAGAUAGCGCGCACCAUUCUAAUGUCAGCACAGACUCAGGAAUACGUGGACAGGCUUCAAGGUACCAAAGGCACCAACCUCCAGACACCAGGAAAACCAACACUUGCUGCCACUCUCAGGGUUAAUGGGUAUCUGGCUGACCGAUUAAGUAAUGAGACCACAGCUUCAACUGGCAAUAGCCUUUCCCCUGAAGCUCCAAUGUUAAAAAGUCUCACUCCAAUGUCCAAUUGGUCAGGCCCCGGUAAUGCCACAAUAUCAACCUUCUUGCUCCAUAAUAUAAGUGUCACCUUACGGCCAUUGCCAGCGAAAGACAUUGCCAACCAGGCCCCAAGCAAAACAGAAGCCAAUCUGAUUCAAAAGCUUGCUGUCCACAAUAGUUUAGUGCCAAUCAGGCAGCUAACCGUGAACCACACCGUUAGCCUGGCCCUUAACUCUUCCCAAUACUCGGCAGCCGAUAUCAGAAUGCCACAGAUGAAGAUUUCAACACCCCAGGCAGUAAGGAAGAAAGAAAGUUCCUCCUUCAAACGCGGGCUGUCGAGGAACCAGACUAUCCCCGCACAUCAAAGGUUGGUGAGAGGGAGGAACGCCACAGGGGUCAGGGAGAAACUUCCCAAACUAAAGAAAGUCAUCAAACCAACAAAGCAAUCCAGGAAACCUCAAAAGCAACGGUCAUCCAAACAGAGCACCAAGAAGCUCAAAGCUCGUGUAAAACUAGAUCGGCUGACAAAGCACCUGAAGGUUAAAAAAGGGAAAAGCAGCAAGACUGGAAAGAGCAAAGUGAAGCAGACACCCUUCCCCUAUUUUGAAGACUAUUACUGUCCCCCUCAGUGUUCUUGCUACGGAAGGAUUGUCCAGUGUUCCGAUAAAGGGCUAAACAAAAUCCCAUAUGGAAUUCCCUUCAACACCAGGAACCUACUUCUAAUGAACAACAAGAUCGACUUAAUUCCGUUGGGUUUGUUGGAUGAGUAUAUGUUGCUGGAAUUUCUGGUUCUGAACAAUAAUAAGCUGACAGAUAUUGGGGUCGAGGGUGCUUUGGAAGGCAUACAGAAGCUGACUCGAUUAUACAUGGAUCAGAACAAUCUCUCCACGGUGCCUAAAGAUCUACCCAUGUCCCUGGAAGAGUUAACGCUGAACUCAAAUAAUAUCAGCGUCAUGCCAUCGAAUGUCUGGGCAAACUGCAAGAAUCUCCGAAUCAUUAGCUUCAAUGACAACAGGAUAAGGAACGAGUCCAUUCCCCCAGGCACCUUCAAACCACUGCAGAAUUUGCACACCAUCAAAAUGAAUCACAACCUGUUGACUGCCAUUCCCACCAAUUUGAGUACAAGCCUACGACAGUUGUACUUGGAAGGAAAUCAGAUUCGAAAAAUACCAGACAGUGUGUUUACCAAUUCCUCUGCACUGAUCUAUCUCGAUCUCCAUGACAACCGACUCAACAAUAAAGGCAUCACGGAAAAGGCCUUCCAAUACAUGACCCAGCUUGAAUAUUUGGAUCUCAGUAAAAAUUCUCUCACUGCUAUCCCCAAGCUACUCCCUCGUUCCUUGAAGAAACUGAUUCUCCAUGCCAAUGGCAUCACCGCCAUCAGGAGGGAUGCCUUUACAAACAUGGUGAACCUGGAGGAAAUCUAUUUAGCACACAACCAAAUUUCAUUGGUGGCAGCUGGCACUUUUUGGGACUUGCCGGGGCUCCGGUGUUUGGACUUGAGUCACAACCGGCUACACCAGGUACCUCGCCAACUGCCUUUAACAUUGCAGAACCUCUACCUUCACAGCAAUAGGAUCGUUGCUAUUCCUGGAGACUCUGUCUGUGGUCACCAUUGGGAAAGGAGUCACCUCAUAUUGGUCCGCCUUGAGAAGAACAACUUGGACCAGAGGCAACUGGAUGCCCGGGCAUUGAGAUGUCUUCGGGGCUAUCAGGUGAUUCAUCUUGACUGAGCUUCAGAGAGGAAACUCGACUCCUUUCCAAUUCAGGUGACAGAUUUUACAAAAGCUUGUAGCUCAAAGCUAGCUGUGAAUUUAUUGGGUAUGGUUUGUUUUUACACUCAGAGCAAAAGAGAUCAAUUUUGAUCCAUUCUGUUUUGGAUGCAAUGAAGAACAUUUGUAAAACAAGAUUAAGACUUUGGCCACAUGACUUUGUAUUCUGAUAUUAUUGGAACCUGUAAGAGGGAAUCCAAUACUUUUGAUGUGCUUCCCUUUUUAUUUUAUGGA